AUGCCUCGAACGAAAGUGACAGUAAAAUAUGGCAAACGGUCGACGCGGACCAAGGCCGAACGCCUAUUCGCCGAGCUGCCCCAGAGUCCAGUGCGAAGACCGACAGUUCUGGACAUCGACGAUACUUCUGUAGCUUCAGUGACAAAAAAGCUUUCGAUAGUGCAAAUAGAAGACGAGCAAAAUCAGCUACGAAGAUCACCUCGGAAAAGCGUCAAGCGCAUAGAAAUCAUAGAUGAUGCGACAGACUCCUCAGACACCCCAGAAGAUCUAGGCGACUCGGACUAUAGAAAUUCCAAGGGAGAUUCUCAAGACACUGCCUCUCGAAGCAAUGAUGCCGGCGAGGAAGACGGGGAAGAGCAUUCACUGGAAGAAAUAGCUGGCGACACAUCACUUCGAAUCUUGACCUGGGACGAGGUUUGCCCCCCAGGAGACCGCAUAGAGAAGAUCGCAGAGGCUUCCUAUGCAGAGGUAUACCGCGUCACAAAUGAGCGAGGAACCAGUGUGAUUAAGGUCAUCCGAUUGCCCUCGCCGAUCAAACCCCAGACCAAAGCCCAGGUGCGAUCCAAGCUUGUCGACGAAGAGCCCCAUUCCGAGGAGGAUGUCAACGGCGAGUUGCAGAUAUCCGAGUGGUUGGCCGACAUCCCUGGGUUUGUGGUAUACAAGGAGAGAUAUAUUGUCCAAGGAAAGACGUCGAGAGCGUUACUCGAGACGCACCAGGUGUUUCAGAGGCGGAUGAAGAGAAAGGACCCUGGACGAGCGCAGUUUUAUCCAUCACCAAGUCGGUAUCUGGAUGAUACGAAAUUUUUGGUUGUCGAGUUGGGGGAUGCUGGCACUGCGUUGGAGGAUUGGGAGUUGAGAAAUGAGAGUGAGCUAUGGGACAUUUUCUUCCUGGAGGCCAUUGCCUUGGCUAGGGCGGAGGAGGUCGCCAUGUUUGAGGGAUACUUUGGCUAUUCAGGCGUCGACAUCACCAUCCUGGACUACGGACUGUCACGAGCAGAGGAUCUGUCCGUCGACUUUGCAAAACCGAUUGCCUACGACCUGGAGCGCGAUCUUAGUUUAUUCACGAGCACCCAUGCUGCGCAAUGCAAAGUAUACCGUCAAAUGCGGUCUUUCCUGCUUCGAGCGGACCGCAAGUGUCUUCCUCCCGAGGCACACAAGACUCCCUAUGCCAAGGGCGUCGACGGACCACUCUGCUGGGAGGCAUAUGUGCCAUACACUAAUGUGCUGUGGUUGGCUUACCUUUACGAAUACCUGCUUGAUAACUUUCAAGGGGACGCGAAGGGGCUGGCGCAUUUCGAGGAACAGACGGCCGAUAUGUGGGCGUACUUGAACCCCGAUGCCGACGACAGUGUGCCCUGCUUCGGCGCCGCAGGCGAUAUUGUAUGCUUUGCCGUCGAAUCAGGCUGGAUCCGGCAAGAGCAGCUGCUCGGAUCAGAGGCAUCAAUGAUUGAGAGAGAAGAUAGCAUCAUUAUAUCGAAAGAAGAUGGGGACAUGGACGUCUGGUCGAGGCGGUUGUCGAAGAGGUUCACGAGCUGA